AUGGAUGCCACGCGCCACGCCAAGCGUCCGGAGCAUUAUGCUCGUCAACACCAAGCCGAGGUCACCGCAUUAUCUCAGGACCCUGCACAGGUCAUCGUGUAUACGGAUGCUGCCCCGCACACCUCCGGUUGGUCUGCGACAGCUGCGGUGUUCCCGUCCCAUGAUCCUGCACAGUGCGAUCCUAUCGUUGUUGCAAACACCAACAUGACCCCUUUAUCGCCCGAACAAGCCGAAGCCCGCGCCGUCCUCCUCGCCCUCCAGACGUAUGAGGUCAGGAAUCCAGGGCCCGGCACGCUUACGGUGUUUACAGACUCUCAGAGCACGAUUCGCGCGCUUAAAACGCAUCUACUCACAUCAAGUCCGACAAUUGCCGCUAUUCACGACACUGCACUUCGCCUGUACCGCCAUCGAAGAGUCCGAGUCAGCAUACGCUGGGUUCCAGGACAUGCGGGAAUUGACGGCAACGAGAAGGCCCACAAGGCUGCAUUGGAGGUGCUGCAUAGAGAUUUCCCCUCCUCCCAGCGGACCUUACCGGUGCCUCCCGCGUCGCCCAACGAUGACCAGUUUCCCGAAGACGAGGCCUACGUCUACGACCCAGUCGAUGCUGUUCGCCUCGUCCGUCGGGACUGGAAACGCCGACUCGACGCCUCUUGGACCCCAGAACAGUUUCCAAUACCCGAAAACACCUUCCGUAGGCACCAGAUGGUCCUGCUUCGACGCAUUAGGACAGGUGGAGCGGUCACGCCUCAUCAUGUCUAUCGCUUCGAGCUGAACCGGCAACGUAAACUCGACCCGUACUAUGUCCCACCAGACUCUCGCUGCCAGCGAUGCAAAGACCCAGAUGCCCUCCCGAAACUUCACCAUCUCAUUUGGGAGUGCGCAGCUCUGGUUGCCCAGCGUCAAAAAGCCUGGGCUACUCUUCUUCCUGAAGACCUUCCAACGACCAUGAAAGAAUGGAAGCAUCCUGCCGGCGACUCCGAGCGCCGGACGAGGGUCCUGGCUUCCCUCCUCGACUUUGUAUGGCGGAGCGGACUUGGGCCCUCGUUAUAA